UCUACCAUGAAACUACAGCGAAACAUUUGACAUCUGAGCUAUAGGGCCUUCGAAGUUCGAACCACUCCCUACUCCGCUGCUGUUUCCUUCGAAGCGAGAGUUGAUUGCGGACGAGAGCAGCGAAAGUUGAUCGGCGAAGAUGAUCAAAGCAGUGAUGGUGAUGAACACUCAAGGCAAGCCUCGGCUCACGAAAUUUUAUGAAUUUCUGAGCUUCCUUUCUGAUGAUCUCGCUUUAUCGAUGGAAUUUCUGCGAGGGCAAAGCCUGUGGAGAAGCAGCAGGGGAUUAUACGGACCGUGUUUGGAGUUUUGUGCAGUAGGGCGGAGAACGUUAGCAAUUUCAUGGAAGCGGAUUCAAUUUUCGGUCCGGAUAGUCGUCUUGUCUACAAGCACUAUGCGACUCUCUACUUCGUCUUUGUGUUCGAUAGUUCAGAGAACGAGCUUGCAAUGCUUGAUCUCAUCCAAGUUUUCGUGGAAACACUGGACAAAUGCUUCAGAAAUGUGUGUGAGCUUGACAUUGUAUUCAAUUACAGCAAGCUGCAUACCAUAUUGGAUGAGAUAAUCUUUGGAGGCCAAGUGCUGGAAACAAGUUCAGCCGAAGUCAUGAAGGUUGUUGAAGAAAUAUCAAGGUGCUUCUUUCUCUCUCUCACACACACACAAACACAGUUUCAGUGGCUGCCUGAUUAUCUUGAACAUUACCAAGUGACUAACUUGUGUGUGAUGCAGGCAAGAAUCAGCCUCAAACUCUAUAGGAUUAGUUACCAAAACAGUUUCUGGCUGGAGGAAUAGGUAGCACACUGUUUCAAGACCUCAUCGACAUCAGAUUUUAGGCUCCAACUCCCAUUAAACUUGCAUUCUCUCUCAUCCCUCUAUUUCAGCUGUUGUACUACUCUUUCCUCUGGCUCCUCACAGCUGAUCAGACUGCUGUUAGUUGAAAUCUUAUGAAAUUUCCAUUUCGAAGUUCACUCAUUCGCUUCUUUACAUCUAUUGAUUACGAAUUAAGUUGGAUGAUCUCUCGAGGAUGAUCAUCUCUAUAAACAUAAUGAAAAACAGCAUACACGGCAUAAUCAACUUUCUGGGCAGAACUCUUCUUAUUCUUACAAUUGGAUGAACCCCUCCGUUUGGUAUAUUGAACUCCUGAAGAACUACACGGGCAGAAUUACAUCCUGGUGCUCCCAUUACUCCACCACCUGCAUGGGUUCCGCUUCCACAAAGGAGGAAGAGACUGUCCAGUCCCAUGGCACCAUGAAAGGUAUUCCUGCCUGUGGAGAAGCAAACUCAGCUCAGCUCCCCAUAGAUCAGGUGUUUGUUUUUGUGGUUCUAAUUUGGGGAAGUACCUGUAAGGCCGAUGACGCGCUCCAGGUCUGGAGGAGUCAACAUGUCAUACCCAAUGACGGAGGUGCUGAAGCCCAGGGCAUACUCUUCAACCAAUCUGAAACAUCUUUCUGCAUACGCUUCCUGCAGAAAUGAUGGAUUUCAACACACACUGCGAUGACAGCCCUACUACAUGCUUGCCUACAAAGCCAGUGGUUGCGUGGAUUCAAUCAAAGUCAAAAAAACGAUCUUAUGACGAAAGUUCAUCCUGAGUUCUGCUUAGGGUAGACGUACCAGGGGGUGACAUGGUUUUGUCCAAAACCGAAGGAAUUGUCAUCUCCAUAACCGGUCUUCUUUAAGGUAAACCAUUAACUGCAUCUUGACACGCCUCAUCUAUUGUCUCCAGACUUUGUGGAUACAUUCGAAACAAAUCAUAGAUUCUAAAUUCAGGAAGAUAACGGAGCAAGAUACUAGUAGCAUAGUAGCAAUGGAAUGAAAUGCUUACUUGUCUGCUCCGAUUCGAAUCGUCCCCAUGAGGUGGGGACCUGGAUUAUGACUGCUCGACUUCCAAUAUGGGAAAUGGGACAGCUUAUCCACAGCAACGUUAAUCUUUGUCGAUGCCUGUUUUAGUUACAUCGAUCGUAUAGUAGUAACUGAGUGUUUGAAAAUCUACAACCUGGAAGUCAAUCAAAAAGUUGAGAACUUCAAUUCAAGAGAGAGCAAACAAAGCCUCACAGAGCUGUAGUUGGUAUUCUUCAGUGACGAGAUGAAAUCGCUGGGGAGAACAUCGCUUGGCAACAAUUCCUGUGAUUGAGAUGGAGAAUAAGAAACUGAAUUGAUGAUAGGACUGCUUUUUUCGUCCAAACCGAUCUGGUGCAUAUGCUAGAACAACACUUUACCAGGAAAGUUCUGUAAGGAGUGGCAUUCGACGGAACAACUCGAGAUAGGACUCGAGUACCGUCAGCAAGGACCACCUACAAACGUAGUGAACCAUGUUUUCCAUAGUUAGUCAGCUUAUAUUCAAUCCAAAGAACCUCGGAUAAUCGUCGGCGUCCCUUUUGGAGAAUUUGGAAAUCUCUGCAAGGUUGUGAUCGGCGUCGGUUCCAAGCAGAAUGUAACGGCCAUCAAAACAAGGCGUGAAAGAGAAUGCGCUUCCUUCCAGCAUCUUCAAUCCAUGCCUCUCCAACUCCAACUCUCUGUUCUCAAAACAAAUUAUCAGAAAAAACAGGGGAGAAACCGGGGAAGCAAUAGGAGUAGAAGAAAAAUGAUCACUUGAUGAUGGAGGGGCGAAGAAGACUCUGGAGGUAGCUGCAUCUGGAGAACUGGAAGCCAGGGAUGAUCUCUUCAGUAACGGCUGCGCCGCCGACGAGGUGGCGACGCUCAAGCACUACGACGGAGAGACCGGCUCGAGCGAGGUAGGCAGCUGCCGUCAAGACGUUGUGGCCACCGCCGAUGACCAGCGCGUCCCAUUUUUUCUCCUUGAGAGUAUGAGUCGAUGUGAAUGAGGAGGAGCUGGCCACGGUGGUGAAGCAUUUCCGCAACAUCUCCCUGCGUGAGUUCUGGGAUUUGCUUUCACUUUUGACUAUUCUGUUCUGCUUGUUUACGGGCAGUUAAGUUUAACCGCGAACUUGUUAGAUUGGCGCUUAGGGAGUGAUGUUUUUUUUGGAGCGGAUUCAAUAUAGAACUAUAUAUAUAG